GUAUUAGCCGCAAUGUAUGACAGCAAGGUUGCCGAUGUCUUGCUUGACGAGUUGACAGUUUAUACCGGGCGCCUAAGCCCCUGAGACGAAUAUUUAAACCUGGGCGAGCCACAAACUGGAACCCUCAAUUUGAGUAAACGAUUCAAGUUCCCUCAGAUCCUAAGCAAGGGACACCAACACCACCAUGAAGUCACUCCUUCUUGUAGCGGCUCUAGCCGCGUCCGCCGAGGCUCACUACAUCUUCAACAUCCUCUUCGUCAACGGCCAACGCAUUGGCGGCGAGUACACCUACGUCCGGCGGAACAGCAACUCGUACAACCCAGCCUUCCCCGACAUCGUCAACAGCAACGACCUGCGCUGCAACGUCGGCGCCAAGCCCGGCGGAAACGUCCAGACCUACGAGGUCAAGGCCGGCGAUAAGAUCGGCUUCAAAGUCUUCAACAACGAAGUCAUCGAGCACCCUGGCCCGGGGUUCAUCUACAUGUCUCGGGCCCCCAACGGGGUCGCGACAUACGAUGGGUCGGGAGACUGGUUCAAGGUCUACGAGACGGGCCUUUGCCGGGGCAACGCGGCGAGCGAUGGGAAUUGGUGCUCGUAUGGCAAGGAUCGGCUUGAGUUUACUAUUCCGCCUAAGACUCCCCCUGGCGAGUAUCUUGUUCGCAUCGAGCAUAUUGGGCUUCAUGAGGGUCACAGAACAGGGCGCAGUUUUACAUCACUUGUGCGCAGCUGAAGAUCAAUGGUCCUGGGGGCGGCACGCCGGGCCCGUUGGUCAAGAUCCCGGGUAUCUACAAGGCCAAUGACCCGGGCAUUGCGUACAACAAGUGGACGAGCAAUCCGGUGCCGUACAAGAUGCCCGGUCCGGCUGUUUGGGAUGGGAACUGAUGCGGUGCGAGUUGUGGGUCGAUUUCAUUGGCUCGAGUCCUAUUUCAUGGCUGCGUUUGAGAAAGGGGGUAGUAGUGUGGGGUUUGGUUGUAUGCAUUCUUGAAAGAGCUACCUCUUUGCUAGGUCCCUAUCCUACAGUACCACUCGUUUAGUGUUCUCGCAGCUCGUUAAGGUGAAUUAUAUAAAACAUUCCAC